UCGCCUUUUGCUCGAAGUAGUCAACCAGCAACAGCCCAUUGCAGGUCAGGUUUUACACACCGGCCGGUUCAGACUCUUUGUUUGCUCAUAUAACUCUCUCAUCCAAACGUUACAGUGUGUUUGAGUGCCCUGUUUUAUUCAUUACAUCGGGACUUUAAAAGAAUGCAGAUAACUGCGUUUCGGUCGAUCCUCUGAGAUGGAGAAAACCAUCUCAACAGAAGAUGACUGCGUGGAUUCAGGAGCCGAAACUGGAGGAGAUGAAGCAAGGCAGCGUGACCAGACUGGGAAGGCCAAGUGAGAUACUAACCGGCACUGCUAGGAGAGCCGUGACAAACACAGACACCCAAGGGAGCCAUCAAAACAGACCUGCAACUGCACACACUACUACCUCCAAUCCUACUCCAAAGAGUCAUCUUCUUUUAAAGAUCUCUUUCCACAUUUUGUCAUUUUUCUUGCAUGAAGGGACAAGCUAAUGUGUCAUUUUACUGGAACCUUCCAGUUGUUUAGAAUUGGCUCUGUGUAUUUGUCUUUUGAUUUGCUACCUAUGCCAACAUUUUCCCCACUGUAGCCCUUUAAAAAAAAAAACCUUUCUCUGCUCACCUUUGCUUCUUCCCACAUUCCCAUCUAUUCCUUUCUCUACACUGCUAAUGCCCUUAAGUUAGAUUGAUAACCUCCCGCUGCAGGAAACAGACUCAUCUCUCUGUUUCCUGCUGUCCUGCAGAUCCAGAGGCCUUAUUAGUUUAAAGACAGAGUCACAAGGAGGGUGUGUGUGCAGAGUAGCAGUCUUCUCUGGUUGUCAGCUGAUUCCUGUUUGUAUUCUCAGGUUGUGUAGUGUAUAUGUGAGUUGAGGUCUCACAGACAGCUCAGGGAAUUAUAACAUGUAUGAUGGAGGCUAGCUCCUCAAUCGGUCUCAUUGAAUGUGCGCAUCAUACCUCUUGUAUGUUUCAGGCACAAAUAUUUGUGUAAAUUGUCUGACUUUUCUUUAAUCUAUUGAGAACAGAUUAGCAGAAAAUUAAUUCUGCUUCUCUCCCUGGUCAAAGAUUGAAGUUUUAGAUUAGACCUGUCUAAAUGAGAAUUGAUGUAUGCAUAUGUGUAUGCAUGGCUAGUGGUUUGAGAAGUAAGAGCCUUUACUUAAAGGAAUAGUUACCAGUUAGAUAAAAAGAAUAAUAUUUCUGUCAUGUCUGUAAGUUAAAUAUGCUGAAUCCAGGAUAUGAUUAGCCUUAUUUUACAUAAAGAUUAAAAGCAAGGCAGAGAUGCGGACUGGCCACUGUGGCCCUCUGUGUCUUGUUUGUUAUAUUGGAUUUAUUUAGCUAUAACCUCCAGAGAUGGUGGCUUCGGAGCCAUAUUUCCAGCACUUUGUCAGCUCCUCUGUAGUUCUUAUCACGAAGUAGGAUAGUAGGAUAGUGAACAGUUUUUCCAACUCAGUUGCCUGUAAUCGGGUUGCAGUUGUAUGACUUAAAUUCAGUAUUGCCAAAUGUGAUUGAUGCCAAUCUUCUCAUCAUUUACAAGUAAAUGUUUUGCAUUCCCAUGUUUAUUUUUGUAUAUUUUCUGAUAAUGCCUAUGGACUCGUGUCUACAAAGGAAAAGUGCUGAGUAUUACAGAAUGACCCUCAUCAGCGUUCAUAUCUUUGCAUUGUUGGAUCAUUAUUACUGAUGUUUGAAUGUUUUAGCAGCAGUGUAAUGUCACAGCUGGUUAAGAUAGGGCCAAUUCUAAGAUACUACUGGGGAGUUUAUUGUGUAAGGAUGCGCCAUAUUUUAUAAGAGGUAUGGAAAAACUUAAUCUGCAAAUGGAUCAAUAAUCAUAGCUGUCAAAUAACUGUUAAAAGAUAUAAACAGACAGAUCUCUCUCUGAAAUGUAGUGGGAUGUAGUAAAAGUACAAAACAGAAAAAACUGAAAAGUAUAAUACAAGCACCUGAAAAUUGUACUUGAACACAGAAUAACUGUAGUAGCAGCAGCAGCAUUACAAACAGCGCUUGAAUGAAUGUCCCUGUGUUUUAUCCCUUCGUAUUGCUGACCUUUCCAGUUGGACCUCUCCUAAUGUUUACGAUGUCAGCACUUUAUUUUAAAUAGGAAUGUGUCAUUCUGUAAGUCAUGUUGAUUGCACUUCAUGCUGUAAUAUAAACUCCUGUGUCCUCUCUGUUUCUUGUCCUCUCUGUCUCUCUCCUUCUCUCUCUGUGUCCACAUUGCCUCUUUUUUCUCUCUCUCUCUCUCUUUUCUGUUGUCUACUGCAGGUCUGAUUACAGUCCCCUGUCAUCAACGAGCAGUGAGUUAUCCAUGGGUGAGCUUCAGGACCCCUUCCUUGUUAGUGUCCAUCUCAUUGCCAACCCCGGCCAGGGCAAGUUCUUACAGCAUGCUGCCGAUGCUGUGCUGGCAUGGGUUCACCCUGAGCUGCAGCUCUUCAGAGUCUCAGAGCGGGCCUCCAUCUCCCAGCGGCCCUGGCCCAAACACCAUCAAAAUGGCAGCCUGGCAGCAGCCUGCCAGCCAGCCCUAGCAGUCAUCCUCUUCCUCCAGGAGGGAUAUGGUGGCGAGGAACAGAUACUAAUGCUGCACCGAGCUCUGCAAAGGCCACCAUGGAGAUACCACCACACUGAAAAAGUCAGCAAUGGUCAGCAGAUGCUACCGCUGAAACCAUGCAGUCAAGACUUUUUCACACUGUCUCCUGGAACACCACUCUGGGCCGUGCGACAGGUUCACUAUGGGAAAGAAAUAGUGCGAUUUACUGUUUAUUGCCGCCAUGAAAAUUAUGUCGACAUGGUGCGGCUGUACAAGCUGCUGCUUCAGCGGAGGGUAGCACAGAAGAAGGAGGACUUUUGCUUCUUUGUAGUGUACUCCAACCUGGAUAUGGAAAUCCAGCUGUCUUUUAAGAGGCUCCCACAGGGUCAAAGUCCAAUGGUGCUUGAGUCAGCAGUGAUGGAGGUGAGGGUACGGGAUGUUGGAGUGCUGGUGCCCCUGCUGCCACAUCCCUGCAGCCCAAUCAGUGAGGUCCGCUGGCAGACGGAGGACUACGAUGGAAAUAAAAUCCUCUUGCAGGUCCAAGGUGCACACCUCAAACACAGACGAGAUCUCUGUCACCUAUCAUCCAUUGUUACUGAAUCAGCUUUGCCUCCAUCCACCUUCACCCAUGGCACCUCCUCUUACUGGAACAGCUGGUAUAAUCACAGAGUGACAUCGCGUCCCAGGGUCCACCAGACCACCAACAGCUCCCUCCCUCUGGCCUAUGAGCAGCAGGAUGAACAGGAGCAGUGGCCUGACCAGCACCACCCAGAUAGCUGGAAGACACAGUAUAGGGGCCACCGGUCUGGCUCGCUCUUCUCUCUACCCAACCUUGGCUCAGCCAGCUCCCGCUCCACCUGCUCCUCUCCUGGGCCCUCCUCUAGCCCCCAUCACAGAAGCCACUCUCUUAACAGGAGCUCCUCCCUCAUCCCGCCCUUCCGGCUCAACGUGGAUGCUCUGAUUGGGGCAGAGGAGACAGACGUGGAUACAGGGAACAAAGUAAAUCCAGGCAGCAGUGUGGACUUUACAGUGGUGUCUGCGUACAUUAAAUCCAGCCUGCCACAGACUUCUCGGCCAUUAUCUGCACCACCGGAAGACAUUGGACCCUGCCUCUCUCCUGGCAUCCCAGAGAACACCUACAAAGCAGCCACACUGGGCCUGAGUCCAAACAGCUUCCCCACCAACAGCGCUCCCUCUACCUAUAUGAGGUCACGUCCUCAAAGCACCAGUGUGACCACAAGUGCUGCUCCAUCCCUGAGUGAUGUUUCCAUAAACCAGUUUGACAGUUGCAGCAUUAUUAGUGCACCAGUUGAAGAGGCAGACAAGGCAGAAGAAGAGGAGGACCAAGAAUUCUACAUUUGAUUGACUGCUGUAAGCUGAGACAACCCACUCUCAUCAAACUAUAGUCAAAAUAGCUCUUCUCUGCCCACUAGUGUUUGAAAGUAAAACUACAGGGCAGUGACCGAAUAAACUAGGGCACAGCACAUACUGUAUUUAAUGUUACCAGUAUAUGUGAAGGUUGCUUUUUUCUGCAUGUAGAUUUAAGCUUUGUAAAUAUCUAGAUAUAGAAGUACAUGAAGUUACACAUUCUGAGGACCAAUCAUAUAACUGUGUGCAGCUACACUAUGCAAUAAAUUAUUUUCCCUUUUCAAGUGUGCUACACUUGUGCUUUAAGGGAACUUACUGACAAUGAUUCUCCUUUUAUUUACUUUGAGGUGUUUAAUCAAAACAGUAGUAUUUGAUUUAGCAUGGUUUUAGCAUAUAUGUUGUUUAUACAUAUUGUUUCAGCUCAAACUGUGAAACCUGCCUCUCUCGACAGUUUGAGCACUUUAACAGGUGUAAGUAUGUCUAUGUGAAUUCCACACAGGAUGAAGAGGGAAAUCCAGUAAUAGCAAAUCAUGAUGAAGUCUCCUAGCAGCCCUGCAGAGUUGAUGUCAUCAUCAACCAAUCACCACAAAGGUGGUAUAAUAUAUUGCUUCCACAGUGCAGAGGUUACACAUGAAGAAGUCUGGAAAACAAAUCAGUCUGCAAGUUAAUAUCCUUACAUAUUUCAUACAGCAAAUUUACACUACAACUUAUACAUGAAAGUAUGCUAGAUCUACAAGAAGCAUAAACACAAACUGAUCAACUGUGGGCCUUAAUGGUUUUUAGCAAUUACUAUUAUUGAAGUGAAACUCCAGUACUCAAAAUAAUCACCUCAUGUCAUUUAAUAGGUUUAAGCAAUUGUAAUGCCCACAAACCACCAUUUUUAUGACAUGCUCACAUUGUGAGCACAUGAAGUUCUCUGUAGGGCCAUGUUUGCAAUAUCUGCAUUAUCUGACACAGACAUAUUUGUGGUUGGACAUGUUUGGCACAACGAAGCCAGGGAGAGUGCAAUUAGUAGUCACAGCAGUUAUUCCUAACUAAGUACUAAGGGGUACUUCUACAGCUAUACAGCACCAGGGGGUACAGUAUGUGGGAGGAUUUUGGGAUUAGCUCAGCUAAUUUAUAUCCACAUUUGUGUUGAGGAGGAAAAUCAACACACAAACACAGAAUGAUUACAGAUUGGGGUGAGGCUGCUCUUUAUUUACCAUCACAGUAACUGAUAAACUAUCAACUACUACUGGCCAAGUGCAUUUAUUUAUCCCACUUGUGGGAAAUUCACUUGUUACAGCAGCGAGAACAAAACAAGAGUGAAGAAUAGACAAAAGAUAAAAAAUAUAAUGUAAAAAGAGAAACAGGAGGAUAAAAAAUAAAAUGCAAGAAGCAGCAUAAAAACUCUGUAAUAAACAUAAAUGUGCAAUUUGGAUUACAGAAAAAUGGUGAUAAUCAGUGAGAUAUAUGAAGUGGAGUCCAGAGUGCAGGUUUAUUGUUGAAUCAGACUAGUGUUGUACAGUUUGAUGGCUGUUGAUAUAAAUGACCUGUGGUAGCGCUCAUUGUAUAGUAUUUCAUUGUUUUGGAACAGUGACAAUAAAGACUAUUCUAUUCUACUA